AUGGGGUCGCUCCGCCUCAACGAGGUGUUGCGUUUUAUCUUCUUCUUUCGGCUGCAUGACUAUCUCCUGUGUAUCCUCUGCGGCCUAAUCGCCUUUGGCGUGGGCAGGGUGCGCCCGUACUGCCGGGAAUUUUCGUGGACAGAUCUGAGCAUCAACUUUCCCUUCAGCAAGAGCCCCGCGUUCCCGACAUGGACGUUGUUCAUCAUCUCCGCCGCGCCGCUUGUCGUCUACGUCCUCGGUGAGGCGAUGCGCCAUUGCUGGCUUGCACGCCGGCACGGCGGAAUUCUGGCCCACGAGCCGUACGCGGAGCACACACUGAUUUUGAUGGGGAGCCAACGCCAUGGUGGUGAUGGGGCAGAGAUGAGCAUGAAAGCGGAUGGCAAUGGCUCCGACUUCGAGGCACCGCCCCUGGCGCUCUCUUCCGACUCAUCGAAGCCUCAGAACUCGACCAGCGGGCGCGAACCAACCCAGGAGGUGCAGGUUUGCUCUGAGACGGCGGCCGUUGCACCUGCCUGCCAUCUAUCAGCGUCGCCGCCGCCCGAGAAACUCUGCGGCAGCCGUGGCGACGACGGCAGAUCAUCGGGAUCUGUUGCUGUAUCGCUUGCUCACGCAGCCAACAGCGCGACCCAACCGCAGGCAGUGCACCUAUACACUCUUGCACAUCCGUGGCAGCGCUUUCUCCUCUACACACAUAUGUGGGUGCUGCUGCAGGCCUUCUCCGUCGCCUUGUCCGUGAUGAUAGUGGACGCGCUGAAGGUCUACGCCGGUCGACUGCGGCCCGACUUUCUUUCCCGCCUCCGCAACGAGGGCUUCAACGCCAGCAGCGUGGGCGUGGACUGGUGCACUGUGGCCAACGAGGGCCGCCUAUCGUUUCCAUCCGGCCACAGCAGCGCGGGCUUCUCUGCCUUCGUUCCGCUUUGCUUUUACGUGCUGCACUCGCUGCAUGCGUUUCGCCGCAGCGGUGUGUCGUUGUGGCGCAUCCUGAUCGGUCUUACUCCACUCAUCCUCCCCAUCACCGUGGCGGUAUCGCGGACGCGUGAUAACCGCCAUAACUUCGACGACAUCCUCGCAGGCAGCCUGAUCGGCAUCUUCACCGCUUUGGUUGCUGUGAGGGCGACAAUGGUGGUGAAUUAUGGCACGGGCCAGUUGACGCCCCGGUUUGCCUACUAUGCCUAG